AUGGCCUUUGGAAUUCUUGAUGACAACAAAAUGGAGCUCGUCCCAGGGACAGGUGAGACUUUGAAACAAUGAGAGAGACUGGAAAAUCUGAUCAUUGAGUCUAGCUUUCAUGAAUGACCAAUCUGACGUUCCAAGUAAGCUUGAACAGAUUCCCCGAAAUUAUUUGAAACAUGGAACCGGAAGACUUUCUCAUGUCAUUUUGGUACCCCAACCAACCGACUCUCCAAACGACCCUCUAAACGUACGUUAUCUUUGAAUCCAGCUGUGGACAUACCUGACCCGAAUUAGUGGCCUUUAUGGAAGAAAGAUUCUAUUCUCCUUAUAGUUGGCCUUUCUGCUGCUGUUGUGGGAGCGUUCGGACCUAUGCUAUCACCAGGAUUUGUUCAAAUCUCGCAUGAACUUGACAUCAGUAUCAACACUCUGUCUCAAGCCACUGCCUGGUUGAUUCUUACGCUGGGUAUUUCUUUAUUCUUUAUAAGUCCUAUCGCCAAGACAUUCGGAAGACGGCCUGUUUUCAUUAUUGCAAUUUCUAUUAUGUUUGCUACAAGUGUCUGGUGUGCUUUUUCGAAGAACUAUGAUAGCUUUCUGGCGAGUAGAAUUGUAUCUGCUCUUGGUAUGGCUCCCUAUGAGGUAAUAGUGGCAAAUACGGUGGGAGACCUCUAUUUUGUGCAUCAAAGGGCUACGAGGAUGGCGGUUUGGAACUUGUUUUUGUUGUGUGGUAUCGCUGGGGGAAGUUUGAUUAGUGGCUACAUAAUUGAGGUAAGUCUCCUUGUGAGCUUCGAUUUGGACUCAACUGACCAGAAUAAAGGACAUUGGAUGGAAAUGGACAUUUGGAGUCUGUGCUAUAUUCUUUGGAGUUUUCUUUUUCCUCGUUAUUUUCUGGGUCCCGGAAACAGCCUAUAUCCGACCACCACUUGCAGAAAGAUUCUCUGAUAUCCAGACGAUAACAUCCAAGGGUGAGAAGCAAGAGCAAGAUAUCGCCUCUAAAGAAGGGCUAUCAACUCCACAGCCAUCAACUUUGGAGGAAUCGAAAGACUCCUACCUGAAGACGCUUCGGUUCGCUACCGGAAAAAGAUACAGCGACGCUCCUUUUCUCAAAAUCUUCCUUCGUCCAGCCAUUGUCUUUUUCUACCCUGGAGUCAUUUGGGCAUUCCUCAUCUAUGGAGUUACCCUUACCUGGAUCGUUGUAUUUAGCGUUGUGAACGCCAGUAUCUUUACCGAAGCACCAUACAACUUUAGCGUUUCACAAGUCGGUCUUAUUUCUCUCUCGCCAUUUAUCCUGACUAUUGUUGGGCAGUUAAUCUCGGGUCCACUAAAUGAUUAUCUCUGUCUGUAUUUGACGAAGAAAAAUCACGGCAUUUAUGAGCCCGAGUUUAGACUUGUUCUCAUGGUUCCGGUAUUACUGCUUGGAGUUGUUGGCUUUUUCGGAUUUGGAGCAAGUGUGCAUUAUCAAACGCACUGGAUCGGACCGGUAUUGUGUUUUGGAUUCGCAAAUAUGGCAUUGACUUCCGCGAGCGGGUGUUGUUUUGGUUAUGUGAUCGAUAGUUAUGAAAAUGUAUCCGAGGAAGGUAAGUUUCCAUUUAUAAUCUCCACGACUCCCCCCUUCAAUAUUUCCGCUUAAAGGAUUUACUGACAACAUCCAGCAUUCGUGGCAAUCAAUGCUCGCAAUAUUUUGACUUUUGGUCUGACGUAUUUCGUCAAUGAUUGGCUAGAAAAAGAUGGUGUUUUGGCGGUUUUUAAUGUUUUGGGAAGCGCUUUUGUCGCUGUUACAGCCUUGACUAUCCCACUUUGGGUGUUUGGGAAGAGACUGAGAAGUCUUGUAGCAAGAAAUGCUUGGUUGGACCGAUUUAUGAAGAACUGA